AUGGUUCUCAGAGUUUUCGCUGAAAACAGACCGUAUGCUUCGAAAUGGGAACAUUUAGAUUCCCGUCCUCUACCGUUGUGGUACGACGUCGGAAAAAUUGGCAUUUUUAUCCAUUGGGGAUUGUAUUCUGUACCAGCUAAAGGGGAAUGGCUCUGGAGUAUGUUGGACAACGGUAACACUGACAUGAUAGACUUUAUGAAGAAUAACUACUCUAGUGAUUUUCAAUAUGAAAAUUUUGCAUCGUUGUUCAAAGCCGAAUCCUUCGAACCUGACUUUUGGGCAGAACUUUUUUCCAAAGCUGGAGCAAAAUAUGUCGUUUUCACUACUAAGCAUCACGAAGGCUUCGCUUUAUUUCCAUCAAAAUCAGGGGCUCCCGGUUGGAAUUCGGUGGAAACUGGACCUAAGAAAGAUAUCGUAAACGAACUUUCACAGUCAAUUCGAAAAUACAACAUGAAAUUUGGUGCAUAUUACUCUUUGCUCGAAUGGCACAACGAGAUGUAUUUGAAAGACAAAGACGAACUUUUCCUAAAUACCACUUACGUUGACAAACUGGUAUGGAAAGAUAUUAAACAAUUAAUCAGGGACUAUAAACCAUCUGUGUUAUGGCUAGAUGGAGAGUGGGAAGCAUGUUGUAGGUAUUGGAAAGCAACAGAACUUCUUACUUGGCUCUAUAAUAAAAGCCCUGUUAAGGAUGAAAUAGUUGUUAAUGACCGCUGGUGCAAAACCUCACGGUGCGGCCAUGGCGAUUUUUACACUUGUGACGACAGAUAUAACCCUCAUGCCUUAAUGUUUCACAAAUGGGAGAAUGCUUUCACACUUGACAGAUAUUCUUGGGGUUAUAGGAGUGAUAUGACGAUCGCAGAUGUUUUGAGCAUUGAAGAAUUGAUUGAAAACGUCGUGUCUACUGUAAGCUGCGGUGGAAAUGUAUUAAUUAACGUCGGACCAACGAAAGAGGGAAUUAUAGUACCUAUUUUCCAAGAACGACUUCUGCAGUUGGGUGAAUGGCUGCUCAUCAAUGGUGAAGCAAUUUAUAAUACCUCGGCCUGGUUCUAUCAGAGAGAUACCUUAAAUUUGGACGUUUGGUACACAUGCAAAAAGGAACGCUACGAUACUUUCAGACUGUCGAAUAUUCCCAAUAAAAAUGAUUCUAUUGUAGCUAUUUAUGCCAUUUUCUUAAAGUGGCCGGUCGACGACAUAUUAAGUGUCAAGGACUUGAGCUCUUAUAUUUCAAAGAACGAAUUCGACCAGAUUUCUUUGCUGUUACCAGAUAAGCAUAUUUCAUUAAAUUACACUAUUAUGAAUAAUAGUGUGGUUGCAGUACGUCUACCAUCUAAUGCAUCGAAUUAUUUCGGCUGGGUGUUGAAGAUUGACGAUUGA